AUGUCGAACCCAUCACAGCCCACAGAAGCACCUCCCUCCUACGAGCAGGCCAGCGGCUCGUCUCGCCCUGCUGCCGCCACCUCCUCCACCACCGGUAGCCAUCUGGGCGUCCCCAAGCAGGACGAGCAAACGGCGCGCAAGUCGAUGGAGGACAUGCUGCGACCCCUACCCAAGGGUUGGAUCCGUCAAUUCGACCCGACCACGCAACACAACUUCUUUGUCGACACGCAGGCCAAGCCGCCACGCUCCAUCUGGGUCCACCCCUUCGACGAUGAGCAGUAUCAGCGCGAGCAUCCUACGGAAGUGAAGCAGGAGAGGGAGCGCAUCGAGCGCGAACACAUGGUUCAUGCGGAUACCGAUGAUGAGGAUGAUCACCGUCAUCCCUCCACCGCCGCCACUGGGGCGGGUGCGAGUGCGGGUGCCCAGCCCAAGGGCAUGAAGAAGUUCGGCCGCUCGCUCAAGGACAAGCUGACCAACACAACGCACAGCGAGCGAGAGGCAAAGAGGCAGGCGCAGAGGGAGGCCGAACAGCGCGCAUUCGAACAGCACCAGGCCAUCAGGAGAGCGCUUCAGGUCGCCACGCAGACCGGUCAGCCACAGCUGGUGGGCAGGGACAAGCAGGGACGAGAGAUCUUCGCACAGCCUCCCCCACCCGGCGCGUAUGGAUACGGCGCUACACUCGGCUACGGCCCGUACCAGACUAUGAACGGCCCUUACGGCGCUUAUGGGCCGUACAGCAGACCCAUGGGUCCUUACAGCAGGCCGUAUGGCGGCGGUGCAGGAAUGCCUAUCCUGGGUGGCUUGGCUGGUGGUAUGCUGCUCGGUGGACUGCUGUUCUAG